UCAAUUGCCGAUUUAGUAUUGACAAUGGGAAAACCGCGCCCAAAUGCCUAACCUAGUCACGUUUUCUCGGUAAAAUUCCACGCUUUCUUGGAAGAACCUUGAUUUUCGAUUCUUAUAAGUUCAAGGCAUUUGACAGUCGAUUGAAAUCGGAGCCUACUCAAUGUCCAAGAAAAUAGCAACUAGGCGGGAGCUUCUGGACCGGUGGAGAGGCAUUGAAGAAGAAGAAGAAGAGAACGACGACGAGGAUAACAUUGAUCCCCUCAAACACCGUCGCCUCCACCAGCACAAAGAACAAUGGUUUGCAGAUGCAUAUAAUUUCUUGAUUUGUCUGCCUAAUGAGAGUCAUAUAUGGUGUGGCUUUUGGGAUAUAAUGGGGCCUCUUCUGGAGACUUUCUACAAUUACUUCAAAGAUGAACGGCAAGAUUCACCUCUUAGGCGUUUGUGGAAGAGGAUCUCUGAUGAACUGCGACGCUGCCUCCAAUGCGUUUCUCAGCAUCAUCAUGCCCAAGAAAUGUACAAAAUGGAAUAUGAGUCUAGCACUAUUGGUCCUCUUCUUGAUGUAUUGCAGAAGCUUGAUUAUGAGAGGGUGACACUACACCUGAAAGAUAUCAAUGCAAGAAUAGCAGCGCAAAAGUAUGAUCCUACUUGUGAUAAUACAGAAGUUGUCAAUGCUUUGUAUGAGGUAUUAAUGUUCCCAAUUCUUCUAGAGAAUCAGCCCCUAUUCACGGAAUUUGAGUUGUUUGUUGAAGCUAUUGAUAAUAUGCAUGAAUUGGCUUUGUCUGGGCAUCAACAAUUUCCUGGAGUAUAUGCAUUGCUGUUUUGUAAACGAAGUGUGCGCACUGUUGGAUAUCGCUUGGCAGGAUCAAUGGGAAGGUUGAGGAGAGCAACGGACUUGGAACCUUUGCAGCCAUUGCUUAAGAAGUUUAUUGCCUAUUUAGAGGCAGAGACUUUACCAUCAGCUAUGGAGAUUUCAACACCACAACCACAGCCAGAUCGUGCUUCUUUAUGGAUUGGCUUCAAAUCUUUGCUUAGCUUCAUGGAUUCUCCAGCUUUUGAAGAAGGGUUAUUGGAACGUUAUCCCUUUUUUCUUGAUAUUGUACUCAAUCAUAUUAGCAGUGAUUCAGUUGAAUUUUCACAUGCUGUUACUUGUUUGAGACUUCUCUUUGAAAUGCUUGGUUGUAAGCUUUGGCUAAGGUCAAAAUUGUCUCCAAGUGUAAUGCGCAACACUCUGCUUGGUCAAUGUUUCCAUACUCGCAGUGAGAAAAUCCACAAAGAUAUAUUUAGUCUUUUCCAGCCUUUUCUGCAGUCUCUUGAAGCUUUGCAAGAUGGAGAGCAUGAAAAGCAGCGGAGGAAUUUUCUCUAUUUUCUUCUUCAUCAAGUGCCAGUGAGCAAUAACUACAGCAUUCUAACGAGAAAAUUAGCUUGUCAGAUAGCACUUCUUGUUGUGCACCGAGGUUACACGAUGAAUCCGCCUUCCCCUCCUUUUGAGUGUGCUCAUAUGUGGGGACCAUUCCUUGUGUCAUCCUUGAAGGACUCCUCACUUCACAGCUCUCUAAGACAGCCUGCUUUUGACCUCAUGCAGACUAUUAUAGUAUCAGAUGCUACUGCGUUAAUAUCUUCAGUGCUGAAUCACUGCACGCCUUUGAAUGGUGUUGGUUGCAUGGAAUAUGAGCUGAAUGAUGACAACAAUAAAAUUUGGCUCCCAACUUUUUUAGGUGAAGAAAAAGAUAAUAGUUCUUGGAGUCAAUUUAGCAUGCAGAGUAGAAUAACUUCUCAGGAGUGCAGAGAGUGGAUGUGCAUUCCAAUGUUAUGGGUUGAUGUUUUAGUUGAUAUGCAUCCCUCAGUCCUUCCAAUAUCAUUUUCAAAGGCUGUUUUCUGGGCACGAUCUCGUUUUUCUAUGGUUGAGCCUGAAAGCAGUGCAGAAAUGCUACUUCCUAUUAGAACUUGGCUCUCAACUUACACUUCAGAAAUUUCCUCUUCAUUUGAGUGGAAGGUUCCGACUGGUUCUGAUGAUGGUGGGAAUGGGAACAUAUCAAAAAACUCAGUGGAAGUGUUGACAAUGUCUUCAAUUUUAAUUAGAACAUUCAGCAGGUUAACUGCACAUUUUUUAGUUCAGAUGGCACAAGGAGAACUUCGAAGACAAUGGACUUGGGAACCACAGAUGGGUGAAAGUUUAAUUCUUUCACUUUUGGAUCCAAAUGAUAAUGUUAGACAGUUUGGCAAGUGUAUUUUGGAGCAAGUUUCUGAUACCCGUGGGCUUUCAUGUGGAUUGAGGUUUCUUUGUUCUUGCAAGGUGUCAUUGUCUGCCUCUCUUUUUGGCCUAAAGCAUGCUAUGAAACUGAUGCAAUUGGACUCCGUUCUGUCGAAGUUUCAAACUCUGCAUCAUUUUUGGUUUCUUCUUUUCAAAUUACUGAAAGAAGGGGAUCUACCUGCCCCAGAGUUGCCAGAAAAUGCAGAGAGUGUCUUAAAAGUGCCAACAUUUUCUUCCCAAGGCGGGUUUUUGAAACAGCCAGAUUUUGAUUCUCUGCCCGUGCGUAUUGAUAAGCUUGUCUCAGAUGUUGACUUAGAAAGUAGAGAAAAAUUCAGUUACUUGUUAUCUGAAAUGGCCUGGCCUAUUAUCUGUAGAUGUUUGGGUAAAGGGAAGGAAUUUAUUGAUUACAAUCUUUGCCAGAUGACUUGUGUUCGGAUACUCGAGAUUUUCCCUGUUCUUUUUCAUAGACUCCAAUCAUUUCGUGGCAAAAAGCUUGGGAAUAUGACUAUGCUGGCAGAAUAUAAGUUGGAUUUUAGAUGGCUUUCUGAUCUCAUGGAGUGGGGAAAGUCAACACUAAAGGUUGUAAUUGUUUAUUGGAAGCGAACAGUUACUUCUUUAUUGAAUAUAUUGAAAGGGUCUUUUGCUAAAUCUGACCUUUCAGCAAUUGUUGCCAUGGAAACUCUUAUUUCAAGUGAUGAUUAUCAAUUGGAAGAAUUGAUAGAACAUGUGUCUCGCCUUUUGGUUUCACUGUCAUCAGAAGGCACUGGCAAUUUUCUGGAUGCAAGUCAGAAGCCCAGAUCUUCAGUAUCUGAGAACAUUUUCAAGAGCAAAUAUUUCUCUUCAGAUAGGCACUCUUCCUUGGAGACUACAGGUGUGGAAAUUGUGGACCCGCCAAUGAUGAACAGCAAAAAGAACAAAGAAAAUGUCAUUGUACUUUCUGAUGAUGAAGGGGAACCAAUAGCUCUAAGCAAUAAGGACAUUCUGUCUGGUAGCAAGAUUGGCUACUGCAAAUCUCUGUCCUCUGAUGCUGGUAUAAACAUAACAGUUGCUGAUCCUGCAAAACAUAAUGUUACUUCUGUAAAAAUUCCCAAGGAUCAGGGAGAGUCUUUCCAGGGAAAAGUUCCUAGCAUUGUUUCUAGUCUGUCUUCUCAGAAAUUGGACUCUGUUAAUUUACAAGAUAAACCAGUGGCCCCUUCCUUUGUUAAUUCAAAAGGCUUAGAUAAUGGCGGCAGGGAAGUUAGCUUAAAGCCCCACAAUGAUAUCAAUUUGACAACACAAUCUGACGAACGUUCAAAUUCUGUGAAACCUGAUAAAGCUUGUGACAGUAUGGCUUUGAAUAAAGGUAGUGCUUUGUCAACUAAUCCAAUAUUAAGUGAUUUGGUUCAUGAUAAUGAAGAUGAUCCUUUGGAAACUGCACUGAAGUCUGUGGGACGUACCCAAUUGCAUGUAGCAAAGCCUACUUCAGUUUUCAGAAGACAAGUUAUUCAGCUCAAAACUCCUUCAGAAAACAGAUCUGGCCGUCUACAUAGACUGGAGGAUAAUUUGAAAAGGUUCAAGCCACCAACACUGAAUGAUUGGUAUAAACCUAUUCUUGAAAUAGAUUAUUUUGCAAUAGUCGGAUUGGCAUCUGCAAGAAAAGAUGAAAAUCAGGCUAUAAACAAACUAAAAGAAGUGCCUUUGGUUUUUCAUUCACCUGAGCAGUAUGUGGAGAUAUUUCGACCUUUGGUUUUGGAGGAGUUUAAAGCACAGCUACACAACUCUUUUGUUGAGAUGUCAUCAUGGGAGGAGAUGUUAUCUGGAAAACUCUCUGUGAUGUCAGUGGAGAGAGUUGAUGACUUCCAUCUUGUGCGUUUUGUACAUGAUAACAGUGAUUCUGCAGAAUCAAAGAGCUUUUCGGAAAAUGACCUUGUUUUGCUAACGAAAGAUCCUCCACAAAAAUCUUCACAGGAUGUUCACAUGGUUGGAAAGGUUGAAAGAUGUGAGAGAGGUAAUAAGAGAAGUUUAACUAUUCUCCUUAUCAGGUUCUUUUUUCAGAAUGGUUCCUCACGAUUAAAUCAAGCCCGAAGGGCUCUCACUGAGCGAAGUAAAUGGCAUGCAUGCCGUAUAAUGAGCAUUAUUUCUCAAAUUCGUGAAUUUAGUGCAUUAUCAUCAGUCAAGGGCAUUCCCUUACUUCCACUUAUUUUGAAUCCUCUCAAUGAUUCAUAUCAUCUUAAUGAAUCCAAGGAAGUGGAUCUCAGUAAGUUGCCCCAACCUUUGCAGAAAAUUUUCAGGUCAUCAUUUAAUGCCAGUCAACUCCAGGCUAUAAGUGUUGCUAUUGGAACAGCUAAAGAAAAGAAAAUUGAAUUAUCACUUAUUCAGGGCCCCCCAGGCACUGGGAAGACACGGAUUACUGUUGCAAUUGUCAGUGGUCUGCUUGCUUCUCCUUCACAGAAGUUGAAUUGCACCCAAAAUCCUUCAAAUGAAAACUUGAGUUCCAAGACAAGACCAAAGAUCAGCCAGAGUGUUGCAAUUGCGAGGGCAUGGCAAGAUGCAGCCUUGGCUAGACAGUUGAGUGAUGAUGCUCAAAGUGCAUCAAAAUCUGCAGGAAAUUUUGUGAGACGAAGGGUGCUUAUAUGUGCUCAAUCUAAUGCUGCUGUGGAUGAGUUGGUUUCACGAAUUUCUGGCCAAGGUCUUUACGGCAGUGAUGGGAAAAUGUACAAGCCUUAUCUUGUAAGGGUUGGAAAUAUAAAAACAGUCCAUCCAGAUUCACUGCCAUUUUUUAUUGAUACGCUUGUUGAUCAACGUGUGGCAGAAGAGAGGAUGCAUUCAAUGGAUGGGAAGAAUGAUUUGAGAGUGGAUUCUUCAGGGGCUUUGCGUUCUAAUUUAGAGAAAUUAGUUGAUUCUAUUAGGUUUUAUGAAGCAAAGCGUGCGAGCUUGAGAGAUGGAAAUUCUAAGCAUAAAAAUCUGCAUGAUGACUCUUGUAAGGGAGAUGAGAAGGAAAUGUCUGACAAAGAAAUUGAAAUGCAGCUACGGAAACUAUAUGAACAGAAAAAACAAAUAUAUAGAGAUCUUAGUAAUGUUCAGGCUGAGGAGAGGAAAGCCAAUGAAGAAACCAAGGCACUCAGGAGUAAGCUGCGAAAAUCUAUACUGAGGGAAGCUGAAAUAGUGGUAACUACCUUGAGUGGCUGUGGUGGGGACCUUUAUGGAGUUUGCUCAGAGACGAUGUUAAGCUCCAAGUUUGGGGGUCCGUCUGAGAAUACCCUUUUUGAUGCUGUUGUAGUUGAUGAAGCUGCCCAAGCACUGGAGCCUGCUACUUUGAUACCUCUUCAGCUCUUAAAAUCUAGUGGAACCAAAUGUGUCAUGGUUGGUGACCCAAAGCAGCUUCCAGCAACAGUCCUCUCCAAUGUUGCAAGUAAAUUUCUUUAUGAAUGCAGCAUGUUUGAACGUCUACAAAGGGCUGGUCAUCCUGUUAUUAUGCUUAAUGAACAGUAUAGAAUGCACCCAGAGAUAUGCAAAUUUCCUUCACUGCACUUCUAUGAGAGCAAGUUGCUAAAUGGUUGUGACAUGCCUAGUAAAUCAGCACCGUUUCAUCAGACCAGGCAUCUUGGACCUUAUAUAUUUUAUGAUAUCAUUGAUGGUCAAGAGCUUCAUGGAAAAAACUCUGGCAUUCUGUCUCUUUACAACCAGCAUGAGGCUGAUGCAGCUGUUGAAUUAUUGAGGUUUUUUAGGAAAAGGUACCCAGCUGAAUUUAUUGGCAGAAGAAUUGGUAUUAUUACACCAUACAAGUAUCAACUUUCACUUCUGCGAUCUCGCUUUUCUAAUGUGUUUGGAUCUUCAAACAUAGCCAACAUUGAAUUUAACACUGUGGAUGGUUUUCAAGGUCGAGAAGUGGAUAUCCUCUUACUCUCUACGGUAAGAGCAGCACGUUCAAACUCUGCCACAUCUGGGAUCAAAUCAAGCUCUAUUGGAUUCGUUGCUGAUGUAAGACGGAUGAAUGUUGCCUUAACAAGGGCCAAACUAUCACUUUGGAUUUUGGGGAAUGCAAGGACAUUGCAGACAAACUCUAACUGGGCUGCUCUUGUGAAGGAUGCUAAAGAAAGAAACGUGGUUAUAUCAGCUAAAAUGCCAUAUCAUACACUGUUUAAAACUGCUUUCAACGAUGAUAGUGUACAGAAUUCUGCGAACCCUGCUUUUGAACUUAGACAAGAGAAGGUUAGAAGUGCUGACCAGAGUAUGGCAAAAAAUUUAGUCAAUGAGAAGGAUUCCUCUAGGAGGAUAAGGAACAGUAUUGCUACUCAAGUAGGGAAUAUGAAUACAAGUAGUGGAUCUAAGGCUGGUUCCUUACGUUCUGGAAAAGAUGUUCAAUGUAAGAAAAAAGACGAGAAAGGUGAACAUGUUUCCAUCAUGAAGGACACUUCACGUCUAGUUGCAAACUGUGACAACAAAACUACUUGUGUUGGUAUGCCUGCAUUAGAUGAGUCGGCUAGUAACGGUGGAAGAAAAGGCGAAGACAAAACAAUGCAUGGCAUGGGGAAGACCACUUUGGGAAAGAGGCAUCAUGGGAAAAAGGAGACAAGUGGUGGAGGACAUAAAAUAUCACCACUGUCACCAUCAGUAAAACGAAGUAUAUCUUCUGUAGGGAACAAAAGCAGUUCUCCUAAAGAUUCUGCUCCCUCAAGGGAAGAUCGUACUAAAAAGGGAGAUACGGAAGAUGAAGGUAGAGCUCUUAUUCAAAAUAGAGUUUCUAAUAUUUCAAAAAGGAAACAACAGCGUGAAGCUGUUGAAGCCAUUCUUUGCACAUCUUUGAUACCUUCAAAGAAGGCUGAGACCUCGAAGAUCUCUGCAAAAAAGCGUAUUCCUUCAUCUGCUCCACAGGGGAGUGUGAAACCAACCAAGAAAAGAAAUGUAAAAUCAGAUCCAUCAGCACCAGAGUAAGGAAAAAAUAUUCACUCCCAGGAGUGAGGUUGAUGUCCUUUUGGAAUCUCCUUCCCAUCACAUUUUUUGUCUUGCUGCCCACUUAAAUGAAAAUUUUUGGCUGCUGCUUGUGACAGAUGCUUGCUCACCCCACCAGGAGCUGCUCGAUGGCAGUGUUCUUUGUUUUUUUGGGGUGGGGGGUUGUGGGUUGGUCGGAGAUGACCAUCGAUAUGAAGCUGAAACUUGAUACAGAUGCGGUGAAGGGAUGGUUAUUAGCGGCAUGUUUGUGUACAUAAAUCAAAUUUUGUUUAUAGCAAAAAAAAAUGGCUCCAUUAGAUCUUGCAGGGUGAGGAUUCUGAUAAGUUGGAAUAGAUUGAUUACAAAGUUUAUUCAUUACUUGAGCGGUUGGGUUCAUGGAGUUUGAUGGGUAAUUAUCAAUAUCAAUUUCUUAUCAUUAAUAUAAAGUUUAUAUUAAGUCA